AUGUUCGCCGACCAUUUGGAUUCAAUACUUAUUAUAUAUGUAUAUGAUAUUGGUGUAUUAUCAUCUAUUAUCUGCAAUUUAUCAGUAUCAAUAUUCGAGUUUUUGCAAUCAUUUAUUAAUCAUCGAUCAUCGUCAUCAUCAUUACUUAAUAAGCCAAUGAUUGAUAAUGAUAUAUUUUUAUCCAUUGAACGUAAAUCUUUAAUGAUAUUAAAUGGAUCACCACCACCUGUUUUUGUUUGA